UCAAGACAUGCAAAGAGGAUAUACUAGGCCUAGACAUAGGCGCCGGCACUGGACUCUUAUCCCUCAUGAGUGUCAAAAGCGGUGUCCAUCGAGUUGUCGCGUGCGAUUGUUUUGAACCGAUUGCCAGAUGUGCUCAAAAUAUAGUCAAUAUUAACGGCUUUUCGGAUGUCAUUAAAGUUGUGAACAAGAGAUCAGACAAAUUGACGGUCGGAUCAGUUGGUUGUGAUUUAGAGAGAAAAGCGGAUCUAUUAGUGGCCGAACUCUUUGACACGGAAUUGAUAGGCGAGGGAGCGAUCGGUUGUUAUCGACACGCGGCUCAACAUCUGUUGACUUCGGACGCAUUACUGGUGCCGUCGAGGGCUAAGAUCUACUGCCAAUUGGUUGAAUCGGAUUCACUCUUUUCAUACCAUCAGUUCACAGAUAAUAUCGAAAUCAACGAACAUUUCAUAAUUAAAUGUCCACAAAAUGUGAAGAGUUGUGACGGAUCUAAUGUCUUGCAUGACAUUCAAAUGAAUCAAUUAAAACCAAAUGAAGACUUUAUUGUAGUUUCAGAGCCAGAAGUUGUCUUUGAGUUUGAAUUCAACAAUAUAUCGACUCUCGGAUCAAAAGAUCGCAAAACAAUUGAAUUCAAAACAAUACGCGAAGUGAAGGGUCCACUCGUACUGUUCAUGUGGUGGACAACAGAUAUGGACUUUGAAGGAGAAAUAGUGUUGAGUUGCGCCCCGUUUUGGACAUAUAAUGAUAGCGCUAUCACUUCAAAGACUAUUCCGUGGAGAGACCACUGGAUUCAAGCCAUUUAUUAUUUGUCGGCAAAUAAUAAACGCUUUGAAUUAAAAGCCAAUCAGACAUUCAAAGUGGAGGCAAAUCGAGACGAAUAUAGUCUU